AUGGCUAGUGGGAGUAAUAACAGGAAAAAGUAGGUGUUCAAGAUUAUUGCUCCCCCUAUAUUAAGCCCCAGUUCAUGCAAAAGACAUCACAUUAACAACGACAGUAUGAUGCUUAAUAAAAAUCAGUCAACGAAGCAGAGUUCAACAGUAUUAUCAUCAAGUUAGGAGUUAUACACUGGGUAACCUCACGAGGCUCUAUAUAUUGACAUUAUCCCAGAAUAAUGUAUUGAAAGUACUCCAAACAAUCAAGCUAGUCUCUCCUCUAACCUGUCACCAGAAAUUAUUAAAUCUAAUAGCUCAGUCAAGAAGAGAGAUAGGCAGCAGUUUACAUUUGGCUAAAACAGUCUCUUUCUACAGUCUAAUAGAGUGCAAACAGAUCAAGAUUCAUACAGAGUGCUGCCUGUGAUUGACCUUUAUUCUUAUGUAUCUCAAGUUAAGAUCGAAAAGAAGCUAAAGCCAACUUACAACCAAGAUGAAAGCACAAUGACUAGAAAUAGCCACAGAAGAAAUCUCCAAUCGUCUUCAAUGAAUCCAUAUAAAAGAUACCUAACUUUGAAGACCAAAACUUAUAACAACAGUUAAUUUUAAAUGCUUGAAAACCAGAGAGUCAUCAAGAAGAAGGCAAAACUGGCGAAUCUUUUAAGCAGCUAGCAUAUUAACUAAUAAUUUGAUAACAGCUAUCUUCCUUAGAGACAUUAUUAAUAGAUUGUCCAUACUAACAAUAGUAGUUAAGAGAGGAAUAAAACUCAGAAUCUGUCCAGAAAUAACUAAACUCAGCCUAACAUUAAUAGAUCAAUGAUUCUCAAUCAAAAGAAGACAGUCUUUGAUUAAAGCAUAUAUCAGAGUAAAGAAAGCAUUAAGAAUGCUGAUUUUGCAAGGCAUUAUUAGAAGUAGUUGUUGAAAGAGGAAGUAGACCCAAAUAUCACUUACAACUUCAAAUCCUCUAAGUUUUCGACCACCACUAGAAAUCAAUUCCAAACUCAAUAAAAAGCAAUGAAUAAAAAAUUCCUGAUUCCAAACACCUAGGAAUUGAUCAAAAUCCAAGAUUUCGACAUUCAAAAGCAUAAUAGAAAGCGAGUUGAAUACAAUAAAAAGCUAAGGUCACUGCUGGAAUAAAAGACUACAAUUCCACAGCCUUCUUAGCAAUAGAUAUCCUAACAUAAAAUCGAAGCCAUAAACCUUGACCACACUCAGAGUAAAAUAAUAUCUGAUUAAAUCAAGUCAGUGAAAAGGAGGCUUAGAGUAAAGCCUAUCAAUUUGGACAUUAUUAAUUGCUUUUGA